CGAUGGCUAUCCAUCGUAUUCAUACAGUGGACAGCUGCCAGAAAUAUCUUCGAAACAACGGCAGCGGUAGCAAGUAUGUGCUGAGGGCUCCUUUGCCGCUGUAUAAAGCAUGAACCUUGCGACGCUCGGGAGAGAUUGUCCAGACAUCAGCCCCACGCAUUGCAGCGUCUCUUGCAAUCCUUGCAUAUACCGCGUACGAUGUCUAGCUUACGUCUUGACCUGAACCCUACCAUGGGAGGUUGGUUUGUUGGAGCACUGUUCUCGGUCAUGUUCUAUGGCGUGACGUGUGCUCAAGGGGUGUACUAUUGUCGGCACUACUUCAGCCCCGACAAAAAGUCUAUCAAAGCACUUGUCGCCUUCGUAUGGGCACUUGAUACUGUCAUCACUAUCUCAGACGUUUGUGUGACUUGGUCCUUUCUUGUCCAAGGACACGCCAACUUACUCGCACUCAACGUCAUUCCGAAGUUAUAUGUCCUGGAGUAUGCAACCACUACCGUGACCACCUGCAUUGUGCAAGUCUUCUAUAUCCACGGCAUCUGGCAAUUGCUCGAUCAAUCGUACCCAAGCUCUAUCAAGUGGACAGUCACUUUGGUGCCGAUGAUCUUGUCCCUGUUGUCUGUAGUAUUUGGCAUUGUCGGCGUUCAUAUCUCUACUGCGCAUGGAUGGAUAAUCUCAAAGACCCUACCUCCAGACACGGUCCCCACAGCAAUCAGGGUCUGCGCGGCAGCCGUAGCGGACGUGUGGAUUUGUGUUUCCAUUUCCUGGGCAUUGCGCAACAAGAUGACGGGCUUCAAGCGUACAGAUAGUGUCCUCCAGAAACUCACUAUAUACAUCAUCCAUCGUGGUAUCCUCACGACUGUGUUGCAGAUCGCGCUCUUGGGGACGUACUUAGGCUCCAUCUACCAGACCAAGUUGAUCUGGGCUAUCUUUCAUUGCGCGGGAGGCAAGAUCUACGUCAACUCAAUGAUGGCUGUGUUGAACGCUCGCCUACAUCUCAAGAGUGGGGUAUCGCAUGCAUCUGCUUACACGUUUUAGAAAAUGACUGUAUCGUAAAUAAGUUCUGAAGAGUACGACGUCUUGUAGUGUGGCAUAUUCGUUGAAGUGUAACAGUAGACUGUAGGAGUAUAUGCAUCGGCACAGCGCCAUUCGAGAACAAUCGGACGGUCGAACCGGCUCUCAGAUCUCAUCACUGAAUUUGAUGC